AAAUCUCCACCCUCGGCCCAGUUUCCCCAUUAUCUGCUCAGAGAAAGAAGAAGUGUCGCCAAGAGCAAGUGAUUCCACGACGGAGCCACUAACGGCCCCAUGGCAGCUCCCCCCUAUGUACUGGGUGCCCUUCUCUGGCUGCACCUCGCCCACGGGUGCGAGCAGCUCCAGGUCUCCCAGGGGCCCCAGGUUACGGUCGCACUGACGGGCACCCCGGUCCCUAUUGAUUGUCACAUACACUUUACAAACAGAGCGAUUGGCACCCCCAUCUAUUCAGCAGUGGAACGCGCCAAUCCCGCGGGCCCAACCAAGCUGAGUGAGCAAGCAGUAUCCACCCCAGAUACCAAUGGCACCGAAACGAUAACCCACAGUAUCCGUGCCGACGGGCAGUCUGCCAUGUACUACUGUGUCGCGACGUGUCUGGCCCCCAUAAAGUCCAGCAGCGGAACCUACAUACAUGUGAGAGAUAAUGGGUUUGUGAGACCCCCGGACCCCUCUUCUCGCCUACAGUCCAGUUUGAUUGCCCUGCUGGUCCUGCUCCUGCUCCUGUCGGCCACAGGGACUGCCCUGCUGCUGCUCCCAUUUAUUUGGAAGAGAAAGGGUGACUCCCCACCCAUGCCCCACAGUUCCACUGACCCCAGGGGCUCAAAAUCCCCACAAGGGGACAAAGAGGCCUCCAGUUCAGUUUAUGCGUCUUUAACGCCCCGUCCUGACUCUCAGCUCUAUGAUACCCUGGAGAAGGCGACCCCGUUACCCAAGGGAAAGGUACUUAAUGUGGAGACCCACCAGAGCCCCAAAGCCAAGCCCACCCCCCAGGUGAAACCGACUGCUGCCCAAGGACCGACCCGCGGAGGAAGCAAGAGACCCGCGCUGAAGCUGAAGCCAAGAAGGAGCAACACAGAACAAGAUCUGUAUGAAAACGUCAAACAAUAGGAUAUUUGGUUUCCCUUUGUACCCCCAUCAGUAUUUACUAAUAAAGGUCUUUAAUAGCUAAA